AUGCGCCAGACAACGCCCGCCAAGAUGCUCAACAUGAAUCCCGGCCUGCGCGAGAUCACGCACAGCAUAACCGGCGGCUCCAUCAUGGCACAGGGCUACUGGAUGCCGUACGCCUGUGCCCGGGCUGUGUGCGCGACCUUUUGCCACCGCAUCGCCGGUGCCAUGAUCCCGCUGUUCGGCCCCGACUUUCCGGCCGCCUGCAUUCCGCCGCGCUCGUCCGACUUUGGCCGCAUGGUGAUCGAUCCGGCCAUCAUCUCGGCGUCGACCCGGGAGGCCGAACGGAUGCGGCUGGCGACCCGGCCGAUGACCCUCUCGUCUGCAGCAGCAGUAGCAGCAGCACAUCCACCUUCAACCGGCCGUCGAUCCCGACGAGGCGAGCUGACCAGAGCUGGACCACCGCCCAGCCUCCGGACCGCCAUGCAGGCAUCGCUGCCGACUGGACUGGAGCGGCUGCCGCCCGUCGCUCAUCUGCUGCCACCGCUGCUGCCCUUUCCGGCGCUUCCACGGCUGCCGACACUCGACGCUGUUCGCCACGAUCACUACGGCCGUCACGGCCGUCCGAUCCGCUACGACCAGCCCCCCUACCUGUCGAGCCCCAGCUCGAGCGAUGCUGGCAGCGAUGGCGAUCUGGCCAGGCGCACAACCAUCACCACAGGCCCUCCACAGGCCACGCCGCCCGGAUCAGCUCAGCCCAGCCCGGUCAGACAUCCAUACACGCUGCCACCUCUGCUUCGACAGCAGCAGCAGAAGCAGCAGCAACAACAACAACAACAACACCAACAACACCAGACGGCUGCUCUGCCACCGUCCGAGCUGGCGGCAGCUGCUGUGGCCGCCCUGGCCCGAGGCCAGCUGACGGUGGAUGCAAUGGACGACGACGACGGAAAGACCUUUUCCUCGUCGACCUGCUACCCGUCACCGCCCAUUCUUGUGGCCGUGCCAUUGCCGUUGUCGUCGCCUAGACGUGUCGACUCCGACAGCUCUGACGACAGCACGGCCACGACCACAGCCACCGACUUGGUCGCGGCCGAGCUGCUCGUCAACUUUAGCACACAGGUUCGAAUGAGCGGCAGCGAUAACGAGGAAGCCGAGCAGAAGCUGCAACCAGAGGCAAGGCCGCGCAAGAAGCGACGGCUGGAGGCCUCUUUGUGA